GGAGACGCAGUGAGGACAGCCUUUUGACCGAACUUUAGGAAAGUGGAGAAUAUUGUGUACCCGUUAACCGUAUCUUGUCUAGGGGUUGUGGAGGGACGCAGAUGCGGACCGCCGUUGCACUGCUUCAACAACGGUUGUGGGGCAAAGACUUCUACCCCUCGUUUCGCGGGAUGGUUCAUAAAUGUGACACCGAGCGGGCAGUGGACCUGCUACGGCAGUAUCAGGCCAACCUGACCAGUCCACAGGAGCAGGCGUUGAACGCCAGCGUGGGGAAAGUUUCUGCCAUCUUUGGAAGCCAGCUGUUCCAUGCACUUCUUGAUCUCUGGCCAACCACAUUUUCUAUGGACCAGCACGGUGGAGUGGAAUAUUUCCCGGGAUAUUUUACGCAAAAAGAUAUUCAGGAGUGUUACGAGGUAACCUUGCAGUUGAACACACAACAGAACGGAAAGGAAGAUGGCUCCGAGGAAGUGUGGGAGGACAAGGAGUUGGUGGAAGGAGUCACCCGGGUGCGAGUGACUAGCAUGACCAGCCCCCACCGCGUGGAGCGAGUGGUGGGACUGGUGAGCCGAUCCCACGUGGACGCCGUCAAGGCCAACCCUCCCCCCAUCAUUGUCAACGCAGACUCAAUGGAUGCCGGCCCUUAUGUAAAUGGCAGUGACGGGAUGUAUAAAUAUGAAGAGAUCAUCCUGGAGCGGGGUAACUCUGGCCUGGGCUUCAGCAUCGCUGGGGGAAUGGACAAUCCACACAUCCCCGACGACCCAGGAAUCUUCAUCACCAAGAUUAUACCCGGAGGAGCCGCCGCCAUGGACGGCCGACUGGGGGUGAACGACUGCGUGCUGCGGGUCAACGAGGUGGACGUGUCCGAGGUGGUGCACAGCCGGGCGGUGGAGGCCCUGAAGGAGGCGGGCCCCGUGGUGCGCCUCUUGGUGCGGCGGCGCCAGGCCCCGCCCGAGACCAUCCUGGAGGUCAACCUGCUGAAGGGCCCCAAAGGCCUGGGGUUCAGCAUCGCGGGAGGGAUCGGUAACCAACACAUCCCCGGGGACAACAGCAUCUACAUCACCAAGAUCAUCGAGGGAGGGGCGGCGCAGAAGGACGGCCGCCUGCAGACGGGAGACCGCCUGCUCGCUGUAGGAGAACACAAUGUGAACAACAUCAUCCUGCAGGAUGUGCGUCACGAGGAGGCGGUGGCUGCGCUCAAGAACACCUCGGACAUGGUGUACCUCAAGGUGGCCAAGUCGGGCCCCGUGCACCUCAACGACAUGUACGCUCCCCCGGACUACUCAAGCAGCAUGGCCCUCCCCCCAGCCUUCCCGACCCUGGUGGAGAACCACGUGGGCCACGGCUACAUGGGGGCCAUGGAGCCCAAGCAGGUGUACCAGGCCCCGCCCCAGGGGGGCGGGGUCACACCCUCUAGGUACUCCCCGGUCCCCCGCCACAUGCUGGGAGAGGAGGACUUCACCAGUCCCGCCCCGCGUCCUGACGUUGUCGCUCUGUUUGGCAGGGAGCCACGGAAGGUGCUUUUGCACAAGGGCUCCACAGGGCUGGGCUUCAACAUUGUGGGUGGAGAGGACGGCGAGGGCAUCUUCGUCUCCUUCAUCCUGGCCGGGGGGCCGGCCGACCUCAGCGGCGAGCUGAGGCGGGGGGAUCGCAUCCUCUCAGUGAACGGGGUGAACCUGAGGAAUGCGACGCACGAGCAGGCGGCGGCGGCUCUGAAGCGGGCAGGGCAGACUGUCACCAUUAUCGCUCAGUAUCGCCCUGAAGAGUACAGCCGCUUUGAGUCCAAGAUCCACGACUUGAGGGAACAGAUGAUGAACAGCAGCAUGAGCUCUGGAUCAGGCUCCCUGCGCACCAGUGAGAAGCGCUCCCUUUAUGUCAGAGCCCUGUUUGACUAUGACCGCACCAGGGACAGCUGUCUGCCCAGCCAGGGUCUGAGCUUCUCGUACGGGGACAUCCUCCACGUCAUCAACGCCUCUGAUGAUGAGUGGUGGCAGGCGCGGCUCGUCACGCCACACGGCGAGAGCGACCAGAUCGGGGUCAUUCCCAGCAAGAAAAGAGUGGAGAAGAAGGAGCGGGCCAGGUUAAAAACUGUCAAGUUUCACGCACGGACGGGGAUGAUUGAGUCCAACAGGCAUCCAGUCAAAGUAAAGCGCAAAAAAAGUUUCAACCUCUCGCGCAAAUUCCCUUUUUACAAGAGCAAGGAGAAUAUUGUGCAGGAGAUGGUGGAUGCUGAACAAUGCCUGACGUCCAACACGAGCGACAGCGAGAGCAGCUCAAAGGGCCAGGAGGACACAAUUCUUUCAUAUGAGCCAGUCAUUCGACAGGAAAUCCACUACACGAGACCUGUGAUCAUCCUGGGGCCGAUGAAGGACCGGGUAAACGAUGACCUCAUCUCCGAGUUCCCCCACAAGUUUGGCUCCUGCGUGCCGCUGGUGUCUUCCACAGACACGACCCGCCCGCGGCGAGAGAACGAGAUGGACGGCCAGGACUACCACUUUGUGGGCUCCCGCGAGCAGAUGGAGAAGGACAUCCAGGACAAUAAGUUCAUCGAAGCAGGCCAGUUCAACGAGAACCUCUACGGGACAAGCAUCCUGUCGGUCAGAGCCGUGGCAGAAAGGGGGAAACACUGCAUUCUUGAUGUAUCUGGGAACGCUAUAAAGCGACUGCAACAAGCACAACUAUAUCCUAUCGCCAUCUUCAUUAAACCAAAAUCUGUUGAAGCCCUGAUGGAAAUGAAUAAGAGGCAGACGUAUGAGCAGGCCAAUAAAGUCUUUGACAAGGCAAUUAAACUGGAGCAGGAGUUCGGAGAGUAUUUCACAGCCAUUGUACAGGGUGACUCGUUAGAGGAGAUCUACAACAAAAUCAAGCUCAUCAUCGAGGAGCAGUCGGGCCCCUACAUCUGGAUCCCUUCCUCCGAGAAGCUCUGAGCUGCCAGCUCCCUGCCCCCCCCACCUACACCCCACCACCACCACCACCUCCUCCUCCUCCAGCACCACCCCUGCUUCUGUGCAGAACUCCCAUCCUGAAGAAAAAACCCUGUCUCCCAAUCCCCCCCCAAAACUAAAUUACUUCCCCCUUCCCCAUUUUUUGCAGAUAAGUUUCAUAUCAAGUUUUAGUGUCCUCAUUAUGUUAUUCGCUAAUGGGAAGAUAAAAAAAAGUCUUAUCACCAUUACUGUGACUGUGCACACCCCUGCAUGAGUUUCUCAACAGAUCCAUUCAAGACUGGAAAUGCCACUCCGAAUGAAUUUUGUCAUUUUAAAAACAACGAAAAGGGAAAAAAGGAACAAAUCCUUUUUUGUUUUCAGAUUUUUGUCCUUUUUUUAAAACGACUGGGACUGACUACGAAGACCAGAAUGUUUUACAGAAUUCGUGAGAAUGCUUGAAGAGUUGCGGUGGUGAAGAGAGGGGAGAGAGAACAGAGUCUAACCAUAAAACGUUGGAACACUUUGUAAAUGUUCAUCAAAUCACACUAAAUAAAAAAACAAAAAGAAAAGACACACACGUGAGUGGAAAAACCAAUUGCAGAUUUUCUUUUUCUAAAAGGACUGGAUGAAAUCGCGGCCAGCUGAUGCUACUGUUUAAGGAGUCGUCUCUCUUUUGUUUAUAAUGACUGAGGAAGUUGGUGAAGAAGCCUACAAACUGGGGAUCUAUUUAUCAUUAACCAGUCGGGUCGUCUGCCAGUUGCCUGUGUAAAAAUACACCAUGUGAGGCGGCGCAAAAGGAACGAAAUGAGUUGUGAAUCUCUACAUUUAUAUUAUUAUUAAAAAAAAAUCACAAGCUAAAUGAUAAAAUCCUUCUAAGAUUUUACUACAUAUUCAAAACUACACAUUUACACUUCACUAGAAUUGUCUACUUGGAGGGCUCUUAGAGUAAAACAUUUUUGUUUGUUUUUAUUUUGGAUGUUUUUUGGGGGAUUUUGCUUGUGGGUUAGGGCUGCUGUGUAAAGGACGAGGGGGGGAGAGAUGUGUAACUGGGCUCUGCAAAACACCAAACUGCCUUACAUCAAAUACAAAUUAUGUUUCCUGGCUACCUGGUCUCUAUUAGGGGAGGACACACACACGCAACCGGCAAAACACAGGAAAUGUUCUUGAAUUUCCUCUUUUGUGUUGCUGCGUCCUUCACACUUCCGGGAGGCCGUACUAGAGUGCAAUAGAUUGAAAUGCAGUCUCCACUCUGUUCUCACUUGUAUUUUACCCUGUAUUAUUACUAUCAUGUUUAAUCCCGUUCUUUACUUUUUCUGGUACAUUUGAAGAAAAACGUUUAAAAGUAAAAAUCGAAAGAAAUCCCCAACUUGAUUUGAAUUUGGAUCGCCAGAUCAGCAUCCACAUGGGCCCCAGUUGAGCAGCAGAUUCCCCAUUACACACUCUGCCUUCCCAGAUGAUUCUUCUCUGAGUUGAGUGGUCACGCGGCACUGUCCUGUACGCCACCAUGGCGGUGGCCUUUAAAAGAAAACGCAACAAACGGGUAGUAAAAUAAACAAUAAUUGUAUUGGAUGUGUUAUCAAUUAAAAGAGUCGAUAUAUAUAACCUGUUCUGGAUCGUGGUCCCCCCUCUUCCCCCUUUCUACCCCUACUUAAAACACUAAAGAUGGGUUGGAUUAAAACCAUUAUUCUCUGUAUCGAUACCAGUAUGAAUUCUUUGUAUUUGACUUGGGAGGCGUUGGGGUAAAGCCCCUACGGUGUGUGUGUGUGGGGGGGGGGGUUUGGUGAGCCAGGUAGGCUGAAGUACAGAUACUCCGAUUUCAGAUUUCUCCUGCAACUCUCUUCAUAUUUCAUACCCAUUAUGAAAUGUGUGCUGUCUUAAAAGGUUGUCUUCUGCUACUGCUUUCGAAUCUUGUCUUAGUUUUUGGUUUCUUCAGCUGUGGUGAAAGCUUUGUGUGAAGAUGCAUGAGUGUGGGCGGUCUGAUAGCAACGUGAUUGAAGCGACCAGUGAUAUUUGCGUGCGGGUGGGCCCGUGACGUGGCCGUGAUGUGCUCAUGUGAAGAACACGUGUGGGCUUGUGAUGAAGGAAUACUGUGCCCUCCCCCAUCCCCUGUGAUCCAACAGUUUACAUUUAUUUUCCCCGAGAGCAAAAAAAAAAAUGCUUCUGUUUUUUGGUCUCUUAAGAGCAAGUCCCACUGCAAGGAGAAAAAGAAACGGUAACCCUUAACUCUACUUGGGCGACCCUCACUUCCCCCCCCCUCCACCCGCGGAGUACCUGUAUACCUGCAGGCAUUUUCUGAACAGUGUGCCCACCUGCCAGGCUGCUACCACCGCUUAACCAGCUAUCAUCACCUGUGUCAAAACCAGAGUUCAGGGAAAAUCCGACGGGAACAGAGCCAUUUAUAAACUGCUUGCAGACUGUUUCAACAACAUAAAGGGUGUGGUAGCUGUACAAUGUAAAUAACCCCCCAGCAGACAUCCCCUCACCUGUGCUUCAUGCAUGUGGGAAUCAGACUGGGACAUGUUUUAUAGUCCACAAAUGUCAGGUAAGUAAACUUUGAGCUACUCUGAGAUAUAAUUUCCAUAACAAUGUGCCGUAUCGUUGGUAUUUAUCUAUAGACGAAUCUCUUCAGAUGCCUAUUGGAACACUAAGCUAGUCGGCUGGGAAUUUAAUUCCCUCAAGUAGGGCCUGUCUAAAUGUGAUUUCCUGUGGAACGUGUCUGGGUGUAUAGAUUUAAAAAUUAUAUAUAUGUAUGAAUACUGAAAAGGGUGACACGAUCAGAAAACCUACAUAACAAAUAUCAAGAGGCCAGGAGCAGCGACCAGUAACUCAUUUAGACAUUUAGAAACGUGCUCCUCUGGUGUUUCCGUUCCAAUACAGCUGACUGUUAAAUAUGUGUGUAUGUCAGUCAGCCAUGUCGAAGCCCAAAGAACUUGAUUUCAUUUUACUCUUUUAACGGAGGUUGUGGUAUAUAACGAAAUGGAGCCCGAAUGCCUGUGUAUAAUUGAUGAGGGUCCUUGUUCUGGUGAGAGAGAAAUAACAUGCUUCUAUUUUUAAUUUAACAUUUCUUUGUGGAGGGAAGGUGGGUUGGUUUUCAUUGGUCGUUAUUGGGGUAAUGAGUUGUUUAUGUUAGAGCACAUAUGUGCAGUAAGUGCUUGCAAACAUGAACCCUUUGAUUGUACAGUAGUUUUCCUUCCUGUCUGUGCGGGUGGCACAGCCAAUCAGGACUCUGCGUCACGGUCUUCCCUGUCCUAGUCAUGAGGGAACUCAGUCAUGCUACUUUUGUUUGGGUUUUAAUUUUUGGGAAUUGACCAGAGUUUAUUUGUUUGGAAAUAAUAAAAUAUGUGACUCGGUUA